AUGGGUGCUCUCGGCACCUGGACUCCUCCGCACCAGCCCCAGCUGCCGCGUCCCGUUCGCCGCGUCCAGGAGCACGCCCGCGUGUGGCCGGGCUUCGACGAGCGCAGCGUCCGGUUCAUGUCGCGCCUGCUCGAGUGCUGGGGCCUCGAGUCCUCCCGCGCCGAGGUCGAGCUCAUCGUCUUCUCCGCCAUCGACAACCUGCUCGCCAAGACCAAGGUCGCCCCGGAGGACAUCGACAUCCUCGUUGUCAACUGCAGCCUCUUCGCCCCGACGGCGUCCUUCGCCGGCAUGAUCGUCAACCGCUACAACCUCCGCAAGGACGUGCGCAACGUGCACCUCGCCGGGCUCGUCUUCGUGGGAGUCGCCAGGAACCUGCUCCAGGUCGCGCCCAGGGGCUUGAACGUGCUGGUGGUGUCCAUGUUGACCAUCACGCCCAACUACUACAUAGGCAAGGAGUGCCAUGCUGGCCCCUGGCCAACUGCCUCUUCCGCAUGA